AUGGCGGAGUCUGCCUGCAAGGAAUUCCCAAGCUUUAAAGGUCUUAAGUUAACCAAUCAGCAGCAACAGAACGUUCCGCAGGCCCCCGACACACAACGAACAGCUAACAUUCAAAAAUACAGUUCGUUAGGUCGGCGGCCCUUGCCCCAGACGCCCGACGAGAAGGCCAGGAAACAACCCGCGGUACCGAGGGUUCCACCUACCAUCUCAUCGCAGUGCAUCAUCGAAACACCAUUGAACCCAGCAAAUUUCAGAUCUUUGCAAAGGGGCGCGUGGCAAGAUACCCCCAGCACCUUCCAACCCAACGUACAGUUCAGAUCUCUGCAGAGAACUGCGGGGGCCCAAUUCAGGCCCGCCAGAGUGCAGGAUCAAACUCACGGGGAGGUAUUGUAUGCCAACAGCGAGAGCGAACGACAGUUGUAUGCUGUGACGGAGUUGUAAUUUGAUUUCAUUGAGUUUCUUCUUGGGAAAUGCAGGCAGAUAGACAAUAGUUGUUGAGUUUUUUUUUAAAUUUUGGUUUUUAUUUUCAGAAUUUUGUUGAUUUUUAUUUUAAACAGAGGUGGUUUUAUUUUGAAGAAGGUCUACGACCUUUCGUAUGUAUGUAUGGAAAGGAAUAUAAUUUUUAAAUAUUUCUUAUGGAUGAAAGAGGGUAAAGAUAUACCGAGUGUCUCUUUUAAUGGUCAUAAUACGAAGGCUUGAAGAUUUAAAUCGUUUAGUUUAAUUAUGUUUAUAUUUCCUGAUUAAAAAAUAUAAAGUUAUGUAGUUCAAGUUACAGAAAACCAGAUAUUUGCUUAAAAAAAAUUCAAGUAACUUUCUAAAAAUAAAGACUGGUACUUUAUGGAUUUUAAGACAGCAAAAUAUGUCACAAUAAAACAUAAUUACUGUAUAAAGCUUUAAAAUUGUCAAGAGACGACAGAAAAAAAAUAAUGAAUGAUCUGAAGAGAUUAAAGACUGGAAAAGCAAGCAACAUAAAGAGAUUAUUGUCAAAAUCCUAUAGAGCAGUUUUGUUUUAAAUAUUUAUUAAAAAACUAAAUAAAAAUAUCUACCUCUAUCUUCUGCCAUAUAUUUAAGGGUGCUACAAGUAUUCAUUGAUCGUUUUAUAAGAGAUAGUCGGUGUAUGGGAUUAAAAAAAUGAAGUUAUAAUACAGAAUACUUUUGUUCUGUAGAAUAUUUAUUUGGGAACUGUUUUGAUUGAAAGAAAAAAUGGCUAUUUUGAUUUUUGAUUUUAAAUUUAAAAAAAAAGACAUGAUAUUGUAAAUGUAGAUACAUUUUAGUACAACACAAAGGCAAACGAUUUUCAAUAAGUAAGAAAAAAAUUAAGACUUAAUUUUUUAAGGUGCCUAGACCUAUUUAUGACUAGUAGAAAUGUAUUUCAUAAGAUCUUAUAAAACUUUACAAAAGUCCUUUAUUUUAUUUUUUUGUAAUUUAAAAGAGAACUGAUAAGCACACAUUUAUUUAUUAUUUGACUUGUUACACUUUUGGAUUUUUGUUAUUUUUUUUUUUUUUAAAGUUUAUCAAGGACAUUUUUUUUAUUUUUAUCACUUGACGUGAUACUUCGCACCAAAAAUGUUUUUUUUUCUAAAGUCGUAUUUUAGGCUCAAAAUAAAAAAGAUUGUCAACCACUGUGAACCACAAUUACUUUAAAAAAACGUGUAUAUAAAAUAGGAUAAGAUAAUAUCGAAGUGAUACGGUAUUUUUGAGAUCAAAAUGUUACCAACAAAAAAAGCAUUCCACAAACCCUAUAGACUGUUCCUAUUUGGAUUAAAAUAAAAAAUUUAUCAUUUCCGAUAUAGCUGGUAUAAUUAGAAAUAUCACGUUUGUGUUCUAAAUUUUUAUUUUUUGUAAAAAAAUUUAGGACAUAAAUUUUUUUAUUCAUCACAUUUUUAUAAACUUUUCUAAUUGUGAUCAUUUUUUACUAUGUUAACCUUAUAUAAUUAUUAUAUUUAUACUUUUUUAUUUUUUAUUGAUGUAAAUUAUUAAUGAAAGGUACACUUCGCUCGUUAACGUAUGCAGGUUGAAAAUCAAAUCAAAUUAUUCCGAGUGAGUAACCAUAGGCGGAGCAUUCACAUUUUUUAAAGGUUUACAGUGUAUUCGGAUAUUUGUGACAUAGAUUUUUUCUUAUUUCAGAAAAAAACCUGUAAAUUUGUUAAAAGUAAUAAAACGAACUAAAUUUCUACGUCUAACCAAUCAUCUUACUUACCUAUUCACCACACAAAAUGCCUUCAUUGGAAAAUAUAUAUAUACAUUUUUUGGAAUUUGAUUUUUUUAAAACAAUGUCAGGUGUCAGAAUUACCCUACAAAAAUUCUAUUUGUGACACUUUUUGGUUUUAAUUACGACACACCACUAAAAUUAACAUUUAUAUCCAUAAAGCUUGGUAGUUUUAAUUGCGACUUAUUUUAAUGGUCUAAAUCUGAAAUUACAAAAAAUUGAAAAGAAAAAUUAGCACUAAUUUGUGCAUGAAACUAAAAAAAAUCUGUGUCUUAUAACAAAAUAAGUAUUUUCACUACAAAUUAGGAACAAAAUAAUAAUGCCUAUGUCUGUACAUAAAACUAAAAAACAUCUGUUUUAUAACAAAAUAGGUAUUUGCUCUAUAAAUAAGAAACAAAAUAUUUAUACCCAAGUACACAAAACUAAAAAACAUCUUUGUUUUGUAACGAAAAGGACAAAAUAAUAAAAAAAGUUAAUAAACAUUAAGGCCAUCAAACUUCACUGAAAAGAUCAUUUCAUUUCGUCUUCCCUCAGUGAGUUUGAAAGUAUAGUACACUGGCGAGCAAAAAAUUGAGGUCACCUUAAAAUUUUCAUGUUUUUUGAAGUUUUACGUUUUCAGAUCGUAUUCGCAAACUGUACAUCAUUGCAUGUGCUUUUGUAAGCUGAAUGUGAUACUCUAUACUAAACAGAAAUGCAUUUUUUUCUUGGAUUUCAUGAUUUAUUCUGAAAAAGCAACAAAUUAACAUUUUGUUGUAAGGGAAAAUAUGGAACGAACAAAAUGAAAAUACUUGACACCAAUAACGUGUAUUCCCUCCUCUUGCAUUGAUGACUGCUUGAAGUCAGCGCGGCAUACUUUGAAUUAAGUUGCGAAUCACAUUCUGGUCGAUGUUAUCCCAUUCCUGCAACAGCAAUCUUCUCAUCUCCUAGGCAGUUCUUGGUGCUGGUGUGUGUCUGCGGAUCCGUCGUUCCAACUCGUCCCAGACAUGUUCUAUGGGAUUCAUGUCUGGGCUGCGGGCUGGCCAGUGAAACCGCCUGAUUUCUACCUCUUCCAGAUACUCCCUGACAAUUCUGGUUGUAUGUGAUCUCGCAUUAUCUUGCAUAAAAAUGCCACGUUCCCCCAUGGUCACCAUGAAAGGCAUAACAUGGCCUUCUAGUACCUCCGUAAUGUACCUGUGAGAGGUUAUGGAACCAUUUUCUAUGAAGACCAACUCUGUACGAAGACGCUCGUCAAUGCAAACUUCAC